CAGGGCUAAUUCCGUCAUUGCAACCUCAAGUAGGUGGUUACUCUACGCACUGAUUGAUUCUUGUCUUCCUCGCUACUGUUUUUCCUUCCUUCCCUCUCUCUCUCAGUCUCUAUAAGCUUAACCAACAACUGUAAAACCCAUAGCAGAGAUCUAAGAGAGAGAGUGUGUGUGACAAUUCUCUUCAGAUUUAGAGAGGGAAAGUGAAGAAAAUGAGGGAACCAGUUGAGAAUAAUGCAUCAUCGCCAUUACCACCAUCGCCACCACCUCCACAAGCUUUACUCGAGAGGCUUAAAGAUUAUGGCCAAGAAGACGCUUUUGCCCUUUGGGAUGAGCUUUCUCCUGACGAGCGAGACUUUCUCGUUAAGGAUAUCGAGAGCUUAGAUCUUCCAAGGCUGGAUCGAAUAAUUCGAUGUUCACUUCGUUCUCAAGGACUACCAGUUGCCGCCAUAGAACCGGUGCCGGAGAAUAGUGUAUCGACGGUGGAGGAGAGGACGUUGGAAGACAGAGAGAGGUGGUGGAAAAUGGGGUUGAAAGCGAUCUCUGAUGGGAAGUUAGCUGUUUUGCUUUUAUCCGGUGGCCAGGGAACAAGGCUUGGGAGUUCAGAUCCGAAAGGAUGCUUUAAUAUUGGACUUCCAUCUGGCAAGUCCCUUUUCCAACUUCAAGCCGAACGAAUUCUGUGUGUCCAAAGGCUAGCUGCUCAAGCUGCGAGUGAAGGUUCUGGUGGUUCAGCAUCUAUACAUUGGUACAUAAUGACCAGUCCAUUCACUGAUGAAGCUACACGCAAAUUUUUUGAAAGUCAUAAGUUCUUUGGGCUCGAGUCUGAUCAAGUCACCUUCUUCCAGCAAGGCACCAUACCUAGCGUCUCGAAAGAUGGCAGAUUUAUCAUGGAGACUCCAUUCAGAGUGUCUAAGGCUCCAGAUGGAAAUGGAGGAGUAUAUGCAGCUCUGAAAUAUUCAAAAUUAUUAGAAGAUAUGGCCUCAAGAGGGGUUAAAUAUGUGGAUUGCUAUGGAGUUGAUAAUGCGUUGGUUCGUGUAGCUGAUCCAACUUUUUUGGGAUAUUUCAUUGAUAAAGGCGUAGCUGCUGCUGCAAAGGUGGUCCGUAAGGCAUAUCCCCAAGAAAAGGUUGGUGUGUUUGUGAGGCGAGGUAAAGGAGGACCUCUCAAUGUUGUUGAAUACAGUGAGUUGGAUCCAUCACUAGCUUCUCAAGUGAAUCAGCAAACUGGACGCCUUCGUUUUUGUUGGAGCAAUGUGUGUUUGCACAUGUUUACUUUGGAUUUUUUAAAUCAAGUGACAAAUGCUCUUGAGAAAGACAGCAUCUAUCAUCUUGCAGAGAAAAAAAUUCCUUCAAUUCACGGAUUUACACUGGGAUUUAAACUAGAGCAAUUCAUAUUUGAUGUAUUUCCAUAUGCUCCUUCAACUGCUCUCUUUGAGGUAUUACGUGAAGAAGAGUUUGCACCAGUAAAAAAUGCCAAUGGUUCAAAUUUUGACACUCCGGACAGUGCUCGGCUCCUCGUGCUUCGGCUACAUACCCGUUGGGUAGUUGCUGCAGGUGGCUUCUUAACGCAUUCGGUGCCCUUAUAUGCAACUGGUGUGGAGGUAUCCCCACUUUGCUCUUAUGCUGGGGAAAACCUAGAAGCUAUAUGCCGUGGAAGAACAUUCCACGCACCUUGUGAGAUUUCAUUCUAGUUGGUUCCAUCAAUGUAUUCUUGAUUUGUGCAGCGGCUUUAGUUAAAAUCUGGGACGAGAUUUGUUGGCGAUAAAGAUGCAAAUGUUAAAGAGUUUAAAAGCUUUGGAGGUAUGAUUAUUAUUUGUUGUACAUUUGUACUAAAUUGUUGGAGCAAUAAGUUCCACUUUGAUAGAUUGUGUGCUAUACUGCCAUAUCCAUGGCGUCUCUUUUUUCCACAGCCUAAAUGGGUAUAGAACAUGGACAUUUCAUGUCUGUAAUUGUCACAUUAUUUGUUUAUUUUGUUUUUUUCAUUUUGGCUUUUUCAGUGUCGUUAAAGAUGUGAAAUAUCAUGAACAUAGGAAAUGUAUUGAAUUUAAUGUUUAUCAGUUUAAUUUUAUUAAUUUUUCUCUUAUCAUGAA